ACAGUUUCUGCUCCACAUUCAGUUAUACUAUACCGUCUCGCGUUCAGAAAGGAUGCUACUUCUAAAUAAAAACCGAGUGCUUUCUUUGGUCGUUAAUUUUAUUUUUCUUAUCAUUCUCAUUUCAUCGAGUGUCCAAGCGGACGAGAGAAACAUUAACAAGCUGCUGAACAACCAGGUGGUGGUCAGCCGCCAGAUUAUGUGCAUCCUGGGCAAGAGCGAAUGCGACCAACUGGGCCUUCAACUCAAAGCUGCCCUGCCAGAAGUUAUAACCAGGAAAUGCAGGAACUGCUCCCCACAACAGGCGCAAAAAGCCCAAAAGCUGACCACAUUUCUGCAAACUAGAUACCCGGAUGUAUGGGCCAUGCUUCUGAGGAAGUACGACAGUGCCUAAAUGGCAUCUAAAUGUUAUUCUCAUGCAUCGAAUAUAAUAAACUAGUCUCGACAUCA